CUAUAGGCGGGUGUAAAAAAAAGCUGCCGUGAUAAUCGGAGACUGAAAAGCUACGCUUUGCGUCUGGUGCUAUCGCGGGGGCGACCCCGAGAGGGCACGAGAGACGACCCUCGAGGGGGUAUUGUUGGUGGAAUUCCGAGCAUAAUUAAAGCAAAGGACAGGGGUUUUACAGAGGCGGACCUGAGGAGUCAUCGGUGGCGAGUAUUCUCAGGGUUACAUGACGGAUGUGUGGUGGUGUUGCAUGCUGAUCAAAUGAGCUCCAGGUGACCAUUCAGUGUAUGCACUAUUAUGUUUAUGUGGGCUCCCUCUCUUCCGCCCAUCACGGCCCUAACCUGUGUACUGCGGUGCUUUCCUUGUGAGCCGUCGUGGGCCGGCAUCCCAUUUGUGCACCGCCCUCACUCUCCGCCCAUGGUGAGAAUGACACGCUCAAAGACAUUCCAGGCCUACCUUCCGAGCUGCCAUCGGACUUACAGCUGCAUCCACUGCAGAGCACACCUUGCCAACCACGAUGAGCUCAUAUCUAAGUCCUUCCAAGGGAGCCAGGGCCGAGCAUACCUGUUUAAUUCUGUAGUCAAUGUUGGAUGUGGCCCAGCAGAAGAGAGAGUCCUACUUACGGGCCUGCAUGCUGUUGCAGAUAUUUAUUGUGAGAACUGCAAAACCACUCUGGGCUGGAAAUAUGAGCAUGCGUUUGAGACCAGCCAGAAGUACAAGGAAGGCAAAUUUAUUAUUGAAUUGGCACACAUGAUCAAGGACAAUGGCUGGGAGUGAAAAAGCAGCAUGGGGUGCUGUGCAGAUCCACUAGGCUGCUUGGUGGAAAAGGACCCCAACUAAGCUGCGGACGGCCUGCUUCUUCCUCUCUCUGUCCAUCUUGCUUUGCUCCAGAAAUGCCAAAGGAAGCCCCCUCUGUGUAUUCAUGCGUUUCCGUCUCUGCUUUUGUGGGGCGGGUCCUCAGUACUGGUGGGGUGUAUGAACAGAGAUAGGGGGUCACUCUUCACCCCAGAGGGAUGAGGUUCAUGAAGAUGGCCCCUUGGAGUGGGCUGUGGGUGCUACUGCUGUCUGGUCUGCAGCACCUUGCACACUGAGAGUAGUAUUGGGUGUUUUUAUCACCCUCUCCUACACAAGCCAACAAAUCAGUGUGUUAUAUUUUCUAAUCGGGGAAAAUGCCCCACUUAGGGAAGGGUGUGAAGCUGCAGUGUGUGUCCCUAUUGUAUUGUCAGUAGGACCGAGUGUGAAGAAGAAGAAGAAGGGAUUGAGGAUUGGUAUAGUAAUACCAAGCACCUAUGUGAGACCCUGGGUAUCAAAGUCAGUGUCAAGGUAAAUAUUAUCCUCCUCAUGAGGGAAACUUAGUUAGUCACGUGUGUUACAAAUAAGUAAAGAAAAGAAUUAGCAUGUGGGUGGGUCUGAGUCCAUAUUCUCAUAAACCUCUCCAUCGUUGCUGAUUUAGUGGUGAAGAGACAGGAGUGAAGGCCAAAGCUGAGGCUCCACCACAGUAGAGGCGCUCCUUUUCCCACAUGACCAUUGACGGGGAAAGAAGGGUCUUUGGGACCUCAAUUUUGGGUGUCUGAUUUCUGCCAGAACCCAGUAAGAUGAUUGCACCACAACCAGUCGUGAUGACUGUUGCCUCCCAGAAGCACGAAAGACCACCCCUGCCUGUAUAAACAGUGAGUGUGGACAUGUGUAACUGCUUAUCUUGUACUGUUCCAAGCCUUCACUCCAGCACUUAGUUUUGCUACUUUUUUAAAAUAGUUCAAAUGUUUGCUCUUUUGUAUAAAUACUGUUGGGCACCAGUUCUGUCACUGGACAUAUGUACUUUAAUUCUCAUAAAAUCGCCUCCAUGAAGUUUGCUGUUGUCCUGUUUUAGUGUCUUUAUCAGAUGGAGAGGGGGACUGGUGUGCCUGGCAGGUUUGUUCCUCUUGAGCCAGGAGGCAACACGAUCUUUAGGAGCAACAGGUUCCAUUAAUGAGGGUUUUAGACCAGUGGUCCUCAAGCAAGUCUGGGGGCCCACAGUGGCUUCAGGUUUUUGUCACCACCACCAGCUUGUGCUUUUAAUCUGAUUCAUUUCUUAAUCACGCAAACUGAAAUUUCCCAGUUUUUGCAUUUUCAUGUAAAUCCAGAAAUUGAAAUACUGAGUUUGCUCAUUUUUUAUGGAAAUGUAGCAAGUAUAUAUAUAUAUAUAUAUAGUGGCAGACAGGCGGGGGCCUUGCCUGGUCGGGACGCCCUUCUGAGGAGAGGAGCAGGUGAGGGGAGAUGUCAACAGCAUUAUCUCCCCCACAGCAGGAGAGGGCAGCCCCCCUGGUUUGCCACGGGCUUGUAGGGAGACCGCUCUCGCGGAAGGGGCUGCUUCGCCUUAUGAGCUUCAGCUGAGGCCAUCCCGACUGGGCAAGGCCCCCGACAGUCUGCCACACUGCCCCUCCCACAGCUGAAGCUCAUAGGGCGAUACAAUACAAUGAAACAAAGUCUGAAUUAGCAUAAGCCCCUUUAGUUCAGGGUGUCCAUAAUAAAAGUAGAAGAAGCACAUAAUAAACACAUUUAAAAUGUGUGUGUCAAUUUAAAUAUUUAAAGUCUAAAUAUUCUCAAUUGCAAUAGAAAUAUGUCAUUUUCCACCUUUUGAUAGAGGGCCGUAGAGAGCUAGAUCCUUAGUAAAGAAUCAAAACUCAGAACAUAACAUCCUAUUCAUAUUUACUGACCUUGAAAUAGUCUAAAAUGGUACCCCCUAUACUUAUGUUUAAAAUUUGUCAUAUUUAACCUUCUGGGAGUGACUUUCUGAGGGCUCGAAUAUAAAAAAUAUUCUCAUAUUCUUGAUCAGCAAUUUUUCAAAAGCAUAAAUUGCCACUCCACACAUCUAUAUAACCAAUACCCCCUUUUUUUGUUUUGUAAGUUUUGCGAAAAGAAGUAUCUUUGACCCCUCGUACCCAAUUAUGGGGUGAAGCCCUGGAGUUGGCUGAUGUGGCAUGCACAACUUCAAGUCCUUCUGAUCAUUUUUGCUGAAGACAUCUAUUGGUUUACUCUUUCUUUAUCAUAGCGGUGCAUUGUCCUGCACGAAAUUAGGCGUACAAACGGACUAAAAAUAAGUGUUUUUCGGAUCUAAAGGGCCAAAAAUAGGGGGGUAAACUCCAAAAAGUUUCAAACACGUACAGCGCAGCACUUUGCCAUUAGUCUAGUCGAAGCGAAGAUCAACUGAAUAUGACGCUUUGCUCCAUUCUGGGAUUGCACCAUUGCUGAACAACAUCCCUGCUGAGACUUCUUUGGAUGGAGGGAGUGAAACCUGCUGAAACCAUAAGCCAUUGUAAAUGCGUUGUAUUGGGUCAGCUUCCGUCCGUUGCUGUUACCACGUAAUUUUCAAUUUGACUUUUUGCUUUACCCUCCUAACUACCAAGGUAAGUUUGUUAAACUUCUUAUGCCAGCAUGGGGAGUUUCAGCUAACCUGCCUUUUCUUUGUAUUUAAUGUUAGCUUGAGAACCGCAAUCCUCACCAAUAAAACUGGAUGGGAAGUUGAGAUGAAAUGUUAGUUGACUCUGUUACAACAGAUGCCAGUAUAUUGUAAGGUAGAAUAAAUAAGGCAAAUGAACUGUAAUCUUAUAAA